UAUUUCGGACGGCAGCCUCAUAGGUCCCAAGUUGUGGUAUGUGAUGGGACGGAGCGCGAUGAAAAAAAAUCGCAGACGAGACGGUUACCAAUGGCGCGCGCCCUCCUAGUCCAUGCCAUUCUCGUUAGGGCGCCAUGAAAGACAAAUAAGACUAUCGUCUGGCAGUCGAAAUGUCCCUUACGGUCUGAGGUCCUACGUAGAUAUGAGAAGUAACAAUUUCGAUACUAUCAUAGAGGACGUAGACAUCGGGAAGGCGAGUAGGCUCGGGCUCGGGGACAGCGAUUGUGAGACAUGCUUAGUAUGAAGAUAAGCUGUUCAUUAUGGCCAUCUCUGCGGCGGGCAAGUUUCGGGACACGGCAACUUUCGGGUUCGAGCUCGAAUUCUUGAUGCUCUUCAGGGGGUCCGGCACGACAGACCCCCUGAGGCUCGAGAAAGGCGAGCAGCAGCGUCGAGUUCCGCAUCCGAUACAGGAGGAACCAGGCGACUUAACCGACGACGGAGAUGGCCCACACGAAGUCCACACGAAGAGAUUACAGUAUUUCGGACGCGAGAUUGCCAAGAAAUUGACCGAUGCCGGAAUAAUAACAAGCUAUCGAAGGAGAGCUCACCCCGAAGAUGUCGAGAUCCCGGAGUCCGAAGAUGAGGAACCAGGUUUAGGCGACUUUGACGAAUUUCGCUAUAGCUCCUACAAACAGAAUGCUAUCGUGCCGGAGGAGACUAUGAUAUGGACAGAUCCGGCGGCGAAUGGCCGACGGAUGACGGUGAAGCCCGAGGCGCAGGCGGGCUAUUUUUGGCUGGGCCUUGAGUUUGUCAGCAAGGCACACAAGUACCGAGAUUUCGAUAUUGCCAAGUCAGACCUCGAUACCGUCUGCAAGGUGCUGCGCGCGAAUUACGCGGUCAGUAUCAACGUGGGCAAGGACACGGCAGAUCGAUCGAGUCGCUGUGCUACUCACGUGCACUGGGGAAUUAGCGGAGCGGAAUACGACCUCGUAACCGUGAAGAGGAUCCUGACUCUCAUGUGGGUAGCGGAGGAGAAAUUGAUGAGGCUACAUGCGACAUGGCGGCAGGAUGCGACGAAAUACGCUGCGCUGUUGCAGAAAGGGACGAACAUGGCAACGGCCUGCCCUUUAACGUGCCCGGACUGGACCAACAAGCCCGGUACGGGAAACUGGGUCCGCGAGAUGGACCAGAACGUCCCUCCAAAAGUUCAACGGUCUCUCCAUAGAGAACAGCCCAAGAUACGCUGGUUAUGGCGCGCCGAGACCGUGAGCGACCUCGCAAGCUUGGUCGGCGAGGUCACAAAAUUGCGCAGAGCCUCUGUCGCCAUCACCGAACUCCUGCCUGCGACCUCGAACUUCAUAGGAAAGGUGCGCCGGAGCCAGUUAAACACAAUCGAAUUCCGGCACAUGCAGGGCUCCCUAAACCCUACUCUCAUCGCCGCGUGGAUCGAAGUCACGGCUGAAAUCAUGUGCCGAUGCAUCGAGUCGCCACCAGAGGACUUCUCGAGUUUCAUGACAGACGUAGCCGACUGUGUGGCAGACGAGAACGGAACAGAGCAGGAGCUCUUGUCUAAACUCGGCGUUAGGCGUGAAGCAUGCCUGAUAUUCAGAGAUUUCAACCAGCAGCAGCUAGACGAAGAGGCCAAUCCGAUGAUCUCGAGGUUUUUACCCGAUCCGUACGACGGCCGGGACCGAGGCGCCUCCCGGGCCGGUCGGUCGCCUUCCCAUGAUCGAUAGCGCUGGUCGUGGCCCCCGAAA